AUGUCAACUGAGACAGAACUUCAAGUGGCUGUUAAAACCAGCACAAAAAAAGACUCCAAAAAGAAAGGUCAGGAUCGCAGUGAAGCCACUUUAAUAAAGAGGUUUAAAGGCGACGGUGUCCGAUACAAAGCCAAGCUGAUUGGGAUCGAUGAGGUUUCUGCUGCCCGAGGAGACAAGUUAUGCCAAGAUUCCAUGAUGAAGCUCAAGGGAAUUGUUGCUGCAGCUCGUUCGAAAGGAGAACAUAAACAAAAAAUCUUCCUAACUGUUUCCUUUGGAGGUAUCAAAAUCUUCGAUGAAAAGACAGGGCUACUACAGCACCAUCAUGCAGUUCAUGAAAUUUCUUACAUUGCAAAGGAUAUCACAGACCACCGAGCGUUUGGAUAUGUAUGUGGAAAGGAGGGAAAUCAUAGAUUUGUGGCAAUAAAAACAGCGCAGGCAGCUGAACCGGUAAUCCUGGACUUGCGAGACCUGUUUCAGCUCAUCUAUGAACUGAAACAAAGGGAAGAAAUGGAAAAAAAGGCACAAAAGGACAAACAGUGUGAACAAGCAGUAUACCAGACAAUUUUGGAAGAAGAUGUAGAAGAUCCAGUAUACCAGUACAUUGUGUUUGAGGCUGGACAUGAGCCAAUCCGUGAGCCUGAAACAGAAGAAAACAUUUAUCAGGUUCCUACCAGCCAAAAGAAAGAAGGUGUUUAUGAUGUGCCAAAAAGUCAACCUGUAAGUCUGCAGAAUGGAAACUUAUUGCUGGACAUUGAUGAAAGUCUUGUUUCAGUCACUCAGGCUGUUACCCAACUAGAGCUUUUUGGGGACAUGUCCACUCCUCCUGAUGUAACCUCUCCCCCAACUCCUGCUACUCCAGGUGAUGCCUUUAUCCCAUCUUCAUCCCAGUCACUUCCUGCUAGUACAGACAUGUUUGGUUCUGUACCUUUCAGCACUGCUGCCGUACCCUCAGGUUAUGUUGCCAUGGGAGCUGUUCUGCCCUCAUUCUGGGGACAGCAACCACUUGUUCAACAGCAGUUGGCCAUGGGUGCUCAGCCUCCAGUUGCUCAGGUGAUGCAGGGAGGACAACCAAUAGCAUGGGGCCAACCCGGUAUUUUUCCUCCUACUCAGCAACCGUGGCCAUCUGUAGCUGGUCAGUUCCAGCCAACUGCCUUCAUGCCAACACAAACUGUUCUGCCUUUACAAGCAGCCAUGUUUCAAGGUACCAUUGCUCCUAUAGCUACUGUUCCACCCACGAGUGAUUCCAACAGAUCAAGUCCGCAGACAGACAGGCCCAGACAGAAAAUGGGAAAAGAAAUGUUUAAAGAUUUCCAGAUGGCUCAGCCUCCACCAGUGCCAUCAAGAAAACCAGAUCAGCCUUCCCUCAGUUGUACCUCAGAGGCCUUCUCAAGUUAUUUUAACAAAGUUGGGAUGGCACAGGAAGCAGAUGAUUGUGAUGACUUUGACAUCUCUCAGUUAAAUUUGACUCCUGUGACUUCCACGACACCAUCUACAAAUUCACCUCCAACCCCUGCACCCAGACAGAGUUCUCCAUCAAAAUCAUCAGCAUCUCAUACCAGUGAUCCUGCUGCAGAUGACCUCUUUGAAGAGGGGUUUGAAAGCCCAAGCAAAAGUGAAGAACAGGAGGCUCCUGAUGGGUCUCAGGCCUCAUCCAACAGUGAUCCAUUUGGUGAGCCAACUGGUGAUACUAUAAGUCCACAGGAAGCAGAACCUCUCUACGCCCAGAUCAACAGACCUAAGAAAUAG